GUGUCCCACAAGGUGAUCUGUCUGAAAGACCUCACAGGAAUGACAGAGAUCAAGGCUUCAAGUCGACAGGCCAUGAUCGGCAGUCUGACAGAUAACUCAACGGAGACCUUCUGGGAGAGCGGAGAUGAAGAUCGUAACAAGCUUAAAGUGCUGACCAUCACCUGUUCCACAAAAACCGUGCCAAACAUUGUCUAUGUUCACAUUGACAACAUCAGAGACAUGGGUAACAAAGUAUCAAAUAUAACCUUCAACGCUGGAACGUCAGCUGAUGACCUGAAGAAAAUCAAAGUUGCUGAGGUUGAUGUUCGUCACUGUGGAUGGAUCAGCUGCCCACUUGCAGCAUCAACAAAUGCCCCAUCACGUCACCUGACUAUUGAGCUCAAGGGCCCCGACCAAAGUCUUCGGUUAAGACAAAUCAAGAUCUUGGGUUCUGUUGAGGAUGAAGACAUGGAGCUGGCCGUCAAGAAAGGUGCUGCACAGAUUCAGCAGGAGAAUUGUGAGGCAGAGACACUCAAAGUCUUCAGGAUCCUGACCUCGCAGGUGUUUGGCAAGCUGGUGACCAGCCCAGAAGACAGUGAGACUGAAGAUGACAAGAGGGAAGACAAGGACAAAGUGGAUGGAGACAAUGACCUUAAGGAGCACAUGGUCAGCAUCCUCUUCAGCCGCAGCAAGCUGUCACACAUGCAGAGACAGGUGUGCAACCACAUCGUUCAGGGCAUCCGAAAGGAAGCAGCCAAGAUGAAAGAAGAAUGGGAACAUGCCCUUCAGCAAGACACCACCUCAGAAGAAGUGCAUGGUUCUGAUGUCUACUGCUUUGAGCUGGUGUCCAUGGUUGUAGCUCUCAGCGGAUCCUCCGUCGGAAGGAAGUACUUGGCCCAGCAGUGCCCUCUGAUACAGGACCUGUUCAGUCUUCUGCACACUGCCACGCCAAGGAUUCAAAGACAGAUCACAGUCAUCUUCCGGCGUGUGCUUCCCUGGGUGAAACCCCCACUACUGGCCACCAUACUAUCCAUUCCAUGCCUGCCCCCUCCAGACUACAACAUUGUUGGAGCCUCCGAGUGUGACUCCACCUUUGACCCUGAUGUCCCUGGCAUUCUGGACGUGUUUCUGGCCUGUAUCGCCAAGGCUCUCAGUGUACAGAUGAAGAUCAAGAGUUCGGGUCCCAAUAAAGUCAGCACAACACUGACACUGUCCCAGUGUCUGGAAGAUUCAGCAAGGUCUCCCCGCUGGUGGAUGAGAGGCAAGAUGGACGCUGGUCUGGCAUCAAGUAUCAUGGAACUUAUCAAAGACAUGGCCGUGGGCAAGCUUUCUGAAUCCUGGGCCACAAACACCAAGGCUGCCAUUGCAGAAGCCAUUCUCAACAUGACCAAACUGGAGGAGCUACAUCGGGAUCCACAGACCUGUGUGAAAACUCCUACACUGUGGCUUGCCCUGGCCUCCUUGUGUGUCCUAGACCAGGACCAUGUGGACCGGUUGUCUUCGGGAGAAUGGAUGUCAAGUCCUGACCAUCAGCACGGUCAGCCAAGGCCCACCUGCGAUAACCACGACGACUCCAUCACACCAGCAAUAAUACUAUGUUCCGACUGUGGGAAUUUGUGUGCCGAGUGUGACCGCUUCCUGCACCUGCCCCGUCGCAUGCGAGGCCACCAGAGACAGGUGUUUAAAGAGGAGGAGGAGGCCAUCAAAGUUGACCUACAUGAGGGUUGUGGGCGUAUCAAGCUGUUCUGGGUCAUGUCUCUGGUGGAUUCUAGAACAUUCAAGGCAAUGGUGGAGUUUAGAGAAGGCAAGGCAUCCAAUUCAACUAUAGGACCUGGCACUUGUCGAUUUUGUGGCCAAACCAGUAACACUGGCCUUCUGGCAAUUGGCAAUGUCUGCUCGGAGCCAGAUUGCCAGGAGUUUGCCAAGAAUGCAUGUACAAAAAUACUGCCCUGUGGUCAUCUGUGUGGCGGCAUAGCCAGAGAGGAGCCCUGUCUGCCGUGCUUGCACCGUUGCCGACCAGUGGACCAGGAGCGACUGAAGCAAGACGCUGACGACAUGUGUAUGAUCUGCUUCACCGAAGCUCUGUCUGCUGCUCCAGCUAUACAGCUGGCCUGCUCCCACGUGUUCCAUCUACACUGUACCAAGAUGGUGCUGACCAAGAGAUAUGCAGGAGCCAGGAUCGCCUUUGGAUUUUCCUUGUGUCCCAUUUGCAAGACCAGCAUUGAACACCCAGCCCUGAAGGCCCUGCUGGACCCGAUCCGAAACCUGAAGGCUGACGUCAAGAGGAAGGCCCUCAUGAGGCUGGAGUACGAAGGCUUGGACAAGGCUGAAGCAAUCUUGACCCCGGGUGCCCGGUUCUACCAGGACCCAGCCGGUUUUGCAAUGGAAAGAUAUGCCUAUUAUGUCUGCUUCAAGUGCAAAAAGGCCUACUACGGAGGUGAAGCCAGGUGCGAUGAAGCUAUUGGUGGCAACGACGACUUUGACCCCUCCGAGCUGGUCUGCGGAGCCUGCUCUGACGUCUCCCGUGCCCAGAUGUGUGCCAAACACGGUGCUGACUUCCUGGAGUACAAGUGCCGCUACUGCUGUUCGGUGGCUGUGUUUUUCUGCUUUGGCACCACCCAUUUCUGUAAUCCAUGCCACGAAGAGUUCCAGCGGGUCACGGCCAUACCCAAGAAAGAUCUUCCACAUUGUCCUGCAGGACCCAAGGGAGUGCAGCUGGAAGGGGAAGAGUGUCCUCUGCACGUUGUUCACCCACCCACGGGAGAAGAAUUUGCCUUGGGAUGUGGUGUUUGCCGCAACGCUCACACCUUCUAG